AUGAGCCAUAACAAGGAUUUAACUGUGGAAGAGAUAAGGUUGGAGUGUUCUGAAGGUGUAACAAUUGCUGGUCAAAGAUGGACGAAGAAAGCAACAGAAGGGGAACCAAAUAAUGCUGGAAGAUUAUUAUCAGAUGGCACUCCUAAACCAUCACGGAUUCGAAUCCUUUGUUUUCAUGGAUUUCUCGACAACUGUCGGACGUUUCACCUGUUAGCUCCUUUCCUCAUUUUCGGAUUGGACAAUGUGGAGCUUGUGGCUCUGGACUUUCCAGGACAUGGGUUAUCCUCACACAAGUCACUAGAUUCACCUCCCAUGAUCGUCAUCAAUGAAACUUGUUAUCAUAUGAGAGAUGCGUGCCGGUCCUUGCAAUGGGAAGACGGCUUUAUACUAAUUGGACAUUCGUUGGGAUCUAUCAUUGCAGUGAUUUAUGCUGCUUCAUUCCCAGAACAGGUCCAAAAUUUGGUUCUUUUGGAUGGAUAUGGACCGGACAAUUAUGAAAUAUUUGAAAUGUACGUGAAAGGAACACUAUACAUGAAAGGAACUGGGCAGAAGCCUGGAUCCAGCAGGCCCAAGGGUGUUGUAGCAGAACGGUUGCAACGUCACGUCCAACAGCGAUAUGAUAGUAACGUGAGAGCCAACGUGCCAAACAAACGAAAGCGGACCUAUUCCAGUAUUCAUGCUGCAGUUCAGGCCAGGGUGCGAACAGCGGAGCUGUCACCAGGAAGACAAUGGAUCUCCAUGGCAGCAGCUCUGGAACUAGUCCGAAGGGCAGUCGUUGUCGACGACAAGUAUCCACGGGUCAGGUUCCGGCAUGAUCCCCGAUUCAAUCUGCCACCGCUCCAACUGAAUACUAUGGAACAGGUGGAUGUCUACUGGAGCCAAAUACGGUCCAAGACUCUUUGGCUGCGUGCCAUUGACGGUUGGCCGUUUCCAACUGCAUUCACGGAUAGGGCAGAGGCCAUUUUGGGAGACUUGGGAACUGUACGAUACUUGCCAGGUAGCCAUCACUUCCAUGCUGAUCCAGAUACAGCAGACCAAGUGGGCCGUGCUGUCUUGGAAUUCAUUUUAAUGUCGUUGGGCCGAUCAUCAUAA